GGCUUUGUCGCGUUACGGUCGAAUUACCUCAGUGACCCGAGAAAGAACCCCUGAAGCAAACAAACUAUAUAACUAUAAUAUAACCUUUCCGUACCCAGCUGUACCACUCACUCUGCAAAUACGUUACGAACGUAACGAAACUAUGGCUAUGGUAACGGGCUAUGGCUCGACAAGUCCACCAAGAAGACGGUCUAAAAACUUCACCCCUCAGAGUCAGACAGUGAAACGGUGUUUUUCUUCUGUGCAGGUAUUGAUCCAGAUGGGCUUCUCGAAGGAGAGAGCGGAGAAGGCUGUUGCAGCAACAGGAAACGGUACAGCACAGGAAGCAGCACAGUGGCUGCUGAAUCAUGCCAAUGAUCCGUUAUUGGAUGACCAGUCUCCCCGGGAAUACGUGCUCCUCAUGUGUCCAACAGGCAGCGUGCUGCAGGAGAUAGAGCAGUUCUACGCCCACGCCGCUGACAUGAUCAAGGACUGGGACGCCGCGGCGUGCCGCGCCGCCCCGCACAUCCCGCUGACGGGAUUCUUCCCCGUCAGGCACGCCCACGUCGCCCUCCUCCACGACGCUCUCCGCCGUGUCGUCGACGCCGCCGACCCCACGACCCGGAUGCAUCUCGAGCACGCCAUCCCGGACUCCAUCGUCGGGCUCGCCGUUGCCGACGGCGACGCUACACGCCUCUGCGAGCUCGCAGCCUCGUUCGCCGGCGAUCUCGCCGCCGCCGGCAUCCAGGUGGCGCCGAGCGAGGACAUCGCGCGGCGGCGGCCGCCGCGCAUCGCGCUCGCACGCAACUUCGCCGCGCACCAGCGGCCGACGCUCGAGCGGCUGUGCCGGCGCGUGGACGUAGGUGGCGCCAGCGGCACGGCGUGGGACGUGCGGCUGUACUCUCGCGACGCGGGGUUCAGCGGCUGCGAGGCGCACCGCGUCGCGCACAACUACGAGCCCGUCUACGAUGACGAGCUGCAGCUGACGAUCGACGACUACGUCUACGUCGCCGCUGGUGCCCUAGCCGCCUCCGAGGACGGCUGGGUGAGCGCCACCUCGUGGCGGACGGGCGUGCGCGGCAUGACGCCCGGCAACUUCCUCCAGAGGGCGCCCGAGACGUGCGUCUGGCGGCUGCACCGUUCGUACCCGGUCGCACGCGUCGUCGUCGAGGCGGUGAACGGCGUGCAGGGAGCGCCGGCGGCGGCGCGGCGGCGGCUGUACGUCAUGCGUCACGGCGAGCGCGUCGAUUUCACGUUCGGCGGCGACUGGUGGAUUGAGACGUGCUUCGACGCGGCGGGCAACUACGUGAGAGUCGACGCGAACCUGCCCCGCGCGCUGCCGCGUCGCCGCGGCGGCCCGCACGACUACGACCGCGACGCGCCGCUCACCGAGAUCGGUCUCACGCAGGCGCGCCUCGUCGGCGACUCGCUGCGUUUCGGCGGCGGCACGGUGGCGCACGCGUACGUGUCGCCGUCGCUGCGCUGCGUCCAGACGGCGGACGCGCUGCUGCGCGCACUCGGGGUGCGCGACCGCGUGCCGCUGCGCGUCGAGCCGGCGCUCUUCGAGUGGAUGGGCUGGUACAAGGCGCGGCGCGCGACCUUCAUGACCCCCGCCGAGUUCGCCGACGCCGGCUACAACGUCGACGUCGCGUACUGCGCGCUCGUCGACGAACGGCAGCUCGCGACGGCCGAGACGCUCGCCGACUACUACGCUCGCAGCGAGCGCGCGACGCGGCACGCCGUCGCCCACGCUGCGGCAGAGGGCGCCGGCGGCGAUGUCCUCCUGGUGGCGCAUGCGGCGUCGCUGGAGGUGAACACGCGGGGCCUGCUCGGGCUGCAGCCACGCACCUACUCGGCACUGUCGCGCAUCAUGAACGGGACGCCGUACUGCAGCCUCGCCGCGCUGGAGGAGGGGUCGUCGGCCAGCGCGGCGUGGAGCCUCGUGCAGCCGCCCUGCAUGCCCGUCACUCACAUGUCGAACCCAGAGUUUGACUGGACGGUGUUGAAGUAG